AAUUUCAAAGAUAACAUGGUCACUUACACAUUAUUAUUUUUUUCUUUAGCUGUGCCUCCUAAAUUGAAGGAGAUGAAAAGUCAAGAAUCUGCUGUGGGUCAGACACUAAUUCUCAGAUGUGAAGCCAGUUCUGAGCACGUCUCUCUCAGAUUCAAAUGGUUAAAGAAUGGAAAAGAAAUAACAAAAAGAAACAGACCAGAAAAUGUCAAGAUUAAGAGCCCCAAAAAACAAAAAACAUUCUCCGAACUCCGCAUUACUAAAGCUUCUUUGGGUGAUGCUGGGGAAUAUACAUGUAAAGCAAGCAACAGAUUUGGAGAUGACAGUACUAAAGCUGAAGUAACUAUUACAGACACCAGUGAACCCACGGGCAUGAUACCAGUUUUGACAAAAGGAGUAAAUGCAUCCUCACAACUCAUAGACAAGAUUUCUGCCUCUACUGAAGGAACAAAUACAUCUUCUACCACUUCUACAUCUACUACUGGGACAAGUCAUCUCACAAGAUGUGAUGUGAAUAAGAAAGGCUACUGUGUAAAUGGGGGUGAAUGCUUCAUGGUCAAAGAUCUUCCAAACCCAAGAUAUUUAUGCAAGUGCCCAAAUGAAUUUACUGGUGAUCGCUGUCAAAACUACGUAAUGGCCAGCUUCUACAAACAUCUUGGGAUUGAAUUUAUGGAAGCUGAGGAACUCUACCAGAAAAGGGUGUUGACCAUAACUGGCAUUUGCAUUGCUCUCCUUGUUGUUGGCAUCAUGUGUGUUGUGGCAUACUGCAAAACCAAGAAGCAGCGGAAAAAGUUACAUGACCGUCUCAGGCAAGGCCUUCGAUCAGAACGCAAUCACAGGGUCAACAUGGCAAACGGGCCUCACCAUCCUCACCCACCGCCAGAGAAUGUCCAGCUGGUGAAUCAAUAUGUAUCUAAAAACAUAAUAUCCAGUGAACAUGCUGUUGAGAGAGAAACUGAGGCAUCUUUUUCUACAAGUCACUAUACCUCAACUACACAUCAUUCAACAACUGUCACCCAGACUUCCAGCCACAGUUGGAGUAAUGGUCGGACCGAAAGCAUAAUCUCUGAAAGUCAUUCAGCCCUUGUGUGCUCCUCAGUUGAGAACAGCCGCCAUGCAAGCCCCUCAGGACCUCGCGGUCGUCUCAAUGGCAUUGCUGGACCAAGAGAAUACAACAGUUUUCUCCGGCACGCACGAGAGACACCGGACUCUUAUCGUGAUUCACCGCACAGUGAAAGGUACGUAUCUGCCAUGACCACGCCAGCUCGCAUGUCUCCUGUAGAUUUCCACACUCCAAGUUCUCCAAAAUCACCAGCUUCAGAAAUGUCUCCACAAGUCUCCAGUUUAACAAUGUCUGUCCCGUCUGUAGCUGUCAGUCCAUUUAUAGAAGAAGAGAGGCCUCUCCUGCUGGUGACCCCACCCAGGCUGCGGGAAAAAUACGAGCUUCACUUACAACAGUUCAAUUCUUCUUACCACCACAAUCCUGUCCAUGAAAGCAACAGCCUACCACCGAGCCCCCUGAGGAUUGUAGAGGACGAGGAAUAUGAAACCACGCAGGAAUAUGAACCUACACAAGAGCCUCCAAAGAAACUAGUCAACAGUCGGAGGGCCAAAAGAACAAAGCCCAAUGGCCACAUUUCCACUCGAUUGGAAAUGAACACUGACACGAGUUGUGAGAACAGUAGCUCAGAGAGUGAGACAGAAGACGAAAGGAUAGGUGAAGACACACCUUUUCUGAGCAUACAAAACCCUACAACCGCUGACCUAGAAUCAGCUGCUCCAUAUAGGCUCACUGACACUAGGACUAACCAAGCCAGCCGCUUUUCGACGCAGGAAGAAUAUCAAGCAAGAUUGUCCGGUGUAAUAGCUAACCAGGAUCCCAUCGCUGUAUAAAGGAGGAGAGAGAGAGAGAGAGAGAGAGAAAGAAAGAAAAAACACUUUAAAAAAACCACAUAGAUUCACAUGUAAAACUUUAUUUUAUAUAAUGAAAUACUCCAUGAUUAAAUUAAAACAAUUUAUUUUAUUUUAGCAAUUACGCUAUUAGGAUUUAAAAAGAAAAAGACAGGAGGGGGAUAAAAAAACUUUUAUAAAUUAAAUAUAUAAUGUAUAUACAAAAGUGUUAUGUGCCAUAUGUAGCAAUUUUUUUACAGUAUUUCAAAAAUGAGAACGAUAUCAAUGGUGCCUUUAUGUUAUGUUGAGAGCAAGUUUUGUAAAAGUUACUAGUGACUGCUGUUCCACAGUAUUUUGCAGAAGUCUCUAACAGUCUGUUUCCCAUCGGAUUCAUGGUGACUGGCUAUACGGUCUGUAACAGUGUUUCCCAACGGUAGCCAUUUUAAGAUGUCUGGACUUCAAUUUCCAGAAUACCCCAGCCAGUUGGCUGGGGUAUUCUGGGAAUUGAAGUCCAGUCAUUUUAAAAUGGAUACUGUUGGGAAACACUGGUCUUUAAGAACUGCAACCGUUCCCUGUCUUGCUUGUGGUAACUCUGAUAAAAGAAAAAUCCAUACUGGCAUACCAACCUAGAAACAAAACAUGCUCAUUUCUUCUUUGAAGAGGCUUCUAUUUCCUUGCGUUUUAUGAGCUGCUCUCUGACAAAAACAAGAUUUAUUUUGGAACCCUUGAGAAAAUGGGUAGGUCGAACAGCCUGCCAUUGUUUUGUUUUGCUUUGUUUUGUUUUUUUAAAGGAUAAUACCGCUUUCAGAAACAUAGAACCAUAUCCGAUAUUAGAUACCACUGUAGGUUUGUCCACUUGACUAUAAUUACCCAAGAAUCUACUUGAAUUUAAAUAGGAGCGAUUACUGCUACCACCAACCUUUUCACCGAGAUACACAUGGGCAUGCACACACAUACAGUAGUUUUGAUUUAUGUAACAAUAUUUCCUAGAUGUUUGCAGCGGUUUGACAGAAACACAGUGGGAUCCAAUCUAGCAGGAAGUCCUUCUAUGCAAGCCUCUUUUAAAUUAAUAGGAUGGGUCCAAGGGCAAGGAGUUUCUUGUUUUGGUGUUCUUUGUAUAGGAGAACGGGCUACUGGAUUAUCCUGGGUUAAAUAAAUUGAAAUAUCAGAGCAGGUAUUUUUAGACAGAAGUCUAAAAGGAAGUGACUAAAAGCCGAGGAAAUGCAAUGGCCACUGCUAAAAUUAAAGUCAUUUUGAAACAAUAUUUUCAGGUAGAGCACUUCUUUUUUUCACUUUAAAUUGGGAUGAUCCAUACCAAAAAUAGGACUUCGCAGUGGAUUAUCACUUCCUGUGUGCUUAAAUUUUCUAGUUUACAUAUGGAUGGAAUCCAAAUGUCAUAAAAUGAGCUCUGAUAGAAAAAGAUAAACAUGUUCUGUAUGAGUAGUGACCUAUUAUGUUUUUUUACCUAAGUAUUAGUAAGACGAGCAUGUUUAUACUUCUCAGGCUCCCGUCAUGCAUGGGUUUUUGUUAUAUAAAUAUAUAUAUAUAUAUAUAUAUAUAUAUAUGCAUGUGGCCGGAAAUAGAUAGAAGCUGCCUUUCUUCGAGGCAUGUUGGAGAAACAAUUUGGACCUAAAAGCAAAUGCAUUUGUUUAAACUCCAGAUUGGCCCAAUCACUUAGAAAGGUUCUAUUUCUAGAGCAACAACAUCGAGGCAGGUGAAGGAAGCUUGUCUAAGUGAAAUGUAUUCCUCGGCGGAGAGGAACUGGAAGAGGGAGAAACGGAAUGCUGUGCUGCAGAUAGGAACAAAGUAAUCAUCUAUGCUAUGAUUUUCUCCCCCAAAUAUGUAACCUCUUGCUCUGCUUUAUGCAUCAUUUGGGCAGGCUAAGUUCAAACAAACAGGUCUGGUAUUUAAUUUGGCACCAGCAGCGACAUUACUGCAGCUUCUUAAUUCACAAGCCAGUAAUUUAUUUUGGAGACCUGAAUCUGGGAUAAAAUUAGCCUUGAUUUAUAUAAUACUAUAGAGCGCAGCCCAGAGGCCAAAGACUAACAAACCUAUUCUCUUAGCCUUCCUAGCGUUGGCAAUCAUGUCGGGUUGAUAUUGUUGUGAAUGAAAAGCAAAAUGGUUUGCAUAAAAAUUAUUUUAUAAAAAAAAAUCAUGCCCAGUGCUCAAAUUUGCUUAAUACUGGUAUCUUCACAGAAUGUUAAUUUGAUUACAGAAGGCUAACACAGCAAUCCUAGUCCUAUGUAUUGGAAAAUAAUUAUACAGUAGAGUAGACUUCUGCAUAGCAUUGGGUAGAAUUGUGCUGUAAAGUGAUAUUUACAUUUCAGAAGCGUCAGUAAAACACAUUCCUGUGAUCCACAUACAUUCACUGCGAGUUUCCAAAUCAUUAUAUUGACUUCCAGCUGGAUAUUGAAGCAAACUCUGGUGUUGACUUCUGAUUCAUAACUUUGUGUUUCCUAAUAUUCACUUACAGGCUUCAAUUUCAUUCCCUUUCUCUUGACAAAACCUGGGGUUUGUUUUUUUUCUGCAUUGCCAAAGAACCCCCUAGAGCAGGGAUGUCCAACCUUGGCAACUUUAAGACUUCUGGACUUCGGCUCCCAGAAUUCCUCAGCCAACAUGAUUGGCUGGGGAAUUCUGGGAGUUGAAGUGCUCAAGUCUCAAGGUUGACAAUGUAGGGCACCCCUGCUCUAGGAGGUUCUUAUUUCAAAGCAUUUUCCAAAUGUCCUAAACCCUUUUCCAAAACUCGGCUACUGUGUAGGAACUGUUUGGCUAAGAUGCCAAAUAUUCUAAGAGAGGAAGAAGACUGGGCAGGGACAUUCUUUCUUAAGCAUAAAAGUGGACAGACCAGAGAAAGUUUUCCGGAAUGUUACCAAUCUUUGACACUGAAUGUGGACUCUGCUAUUAAUAUGCAUACUUCUUCCAAUAAUCUUUCUUCAGUUUUCUGUUGUUUUAAGAGUCAUUAAAGCUAUUGUGUGUAGGCUAUUUUGGGGGGGAAAUAGUGAAAGAGACAUGUACGUAUUUCAUUUAGAGUGCUUGACAGUAUAUUGGGGCUCCAAUAUAAAAGAAAACGGAAGAAAUAAUUUCACACUUCAGGAAGACUAUUCCGACUCUAUAGCAUAUGAUAUAUUUCAUAUUUCAGAAACUAGACAUUUCACCAGUCUUAUCAUGUUCUUCCAAUAGUCUUCUGCACACAUUCCUUACUUUUAAGUACAUUAAUGCAUUCUAUUCCUGCCAGGGCAGACAAUACUUCCGCUACAUUAAUGUCCCUAUAACCUUUAACUCUCUUUCCAUUCAUUCUUCCGAAACUAAAAUGCACCUAUGCGAGACUGUCUCAUGAUCUCCUUUCUGUGCUUACCAAUAAAAAACCGAUAGGUGCAUCAACCUGAUAUCCCUGCAUUUUGGGUGCACUUCAUCAUUCCCAAAACUUUUCUUGCCGUAUUGAAGGUGGGAUCCCCAGAGGAAUCUGGGGAGAGAAAAUCCCUGCAUUUUAAUUGCCUUGCCUUGCCUUGCUGCUAAAUCUCACUCUGGGCUAGUGAACUGGUGGGGAAAAGCACUUCUAGACUCUUAUCGCAUUUGAGCCUGUUGUCCUGACAUUGAUUCCCAACUAGAUGUUUCCUUUCAGUGGAACUCAGCUCCUGACGACUUCAUAAGCAUAGGCAAGGAUAGUUCCAUUGAUUAUAACACUGCCUUUUAAAACGUGGGGAAACAACUAAUGUGGCCAAGGGAGAGAGUUUAAAUCAAUGUAAUAUGGCUUUAAGGAAGAUGCACUGAUCAGGAUUGCACGUACAUUGAAAAAUGGCUCUAAACCAGUUAUAAUUCUACCAGAAAAGAAAUGCAAUUAAAUUAAUGGGGAGUAAUCAUGUAACUGCAGUUAAAUUCAUUCAGCUAAACUUAAAUUUAAAUUAAAUCAAUUUGAAUUUUUGCUCUGGUCCUAAUUAUUUUAUGCUGGGUCCCUUCAGACUCUGGGUAGGGUAACUUGAGCUGGCCAAUGCAACCCUCAGUCCAUAAUGAAACUAUGCAUGCCCUGUUGUAAUGGGUAACACUACUGUGCCACUUAGCUUAAUAUCUUACUCUGUAAAUUGAUGUGUCCAGAUUAGUUUGUGCAUGAAUAUUGCUUGAUUUCUCAUCAUUUUGUAAUGCACAAUUGAAUGAAUUGUGAUAAGAGUUGGUUUUGGACAAUAAGAACAUUCCAUCUAGAUAAUUAAGCUGUGGACAGUGCAUUUACAGUUAUAAAUCAAUGCUGCAUCCAUGACAGAUAAGUGUUAAUUUCAAUAGUAUUGUGAAGAACAGCUAUGGGUUAUAAGCAAGAAUGGGUUACAAGCCAUUCCUCUCAACGAGUCCCAUUUCAUAAAAACAAAACAUUAUGUAGAAAUAUCCAAUGUAGUCAGAAAAAUACGAUUGAAAGGCAAUUUCAAUUCUCAGGGCAAUUUUAUUUUAUGUAUUCAAACGUUAUUCCAUAAAUGUAUUGAGCGUGGUAUUUCUACUCACUUCUAUUUAGUCUUUAAUUUGGAAAAAAAAAAGUUAUGUCAAGUGAAACAGCAGUCAGAAUAAAGAAUUGCUCUUAUGAAUGUAGCUGAUGCUCAAGUUCAGACAUCUCAUGAUAAAUAGUUUGGCAUCUUAAGAAAAUACACCAAUUAACGUUCUAGAUCGGACGCGGCAUACAUAGAACAGGGUAUCCGGGAUCUCUGCACGUAUACAUUUUCAUCAGCCAACAAUCUGUUUCUUUGUAAGCUAAGCCAUGUUAGCCACUAUUAGUGGCUAAUGGACAACUAAUAAUGUAUAGUCCUUUUUUUUAAGGUUGAAGUAUCGUCAUGCCCAUAUUUUCCCAUGGUUGAUAUCAAAAGUAUGGAGUGGCUACUUGAAUAUUCAGCAAGAUGUGUUGAUGUCUGGCUAAGUUGCACAUCUUUAAUAAGCGACAUAAGCAGAGUCUGUUUUGGCUGAAUUUCUAAAAGCCACGAUGACUAAUGCGCAACCAAUCUGAAAUGCUGCAGAGAAAUGCAGGAAAUGCAAUGGCCACAUAUCAUUUUAAGUACCGUAUAUACUCGAGUAUAAGCCGAGUUUUUCAGCACAUUUUUUGUGCUGAAAAACGUCCCCUCGGCUUAUACUCGGGUCUAUACGGCUUAUACUCAAGUUUUUUUUUUUUAAGCCCCUCGGCUUAUACUCGAGUAUAUACGGCUUAUACUCGAGUUUUUUUUUUCUUUUUUUCACAUUUUACCGGACUGAAGCCCUGCCGGUGCAGUGAGAGGGCGGGGCGGGGGAGCCGCCAGCCUUCUCAGCUGAGGGAGGGAGGGUUUCCCCAACCGGUAGGUGCCUCAUUUCCCACCCUCGGCUUAUACUCGAGUCCCCAGUUUACCCCAGUUUUUGGGGUAAAAUUGGGGACCUCGGCUUAUACUCGGAUCGGCUUAUAUUCGAGUAUAUACGGUAUAUAUUAUUUUUGUAAAUACAUCUUGUACAUACUUGGAUGUUCCAUCACAAUCAUUUAUUGUCUUUAUGAGUUAUAUAUACAAUAUAACAGUGUAAAUAACACAAUGUUCCUUAUUAUUUAUAUUUAGGUGUUUGGAAGAAAAAAGAAAGUCAUCAUUUUAUUUUAAGAUAUGUGUCAAAUAUGUUCGGUUAUCCCUUUUCCCCCUUUCACAACUGUAAUGUACCCUUUAUUUUUUUUCCCUUUCUUUUCUUUAAAAAGAAAUAAUUUAUUGAUCCAGAAAGAAUGUAUUGUAAUGGAAUUGUACAUAGAAUGCAGAGUGGAAGGCCAUAAGGUACUGAUAAACUAAAGAUUCUAUAAUCCCAAAUAUUAAGCAAUAAUCAAUUGUUGAUUUAUUUAAGGUUGUACUGCUCAUCUUCAGUAAAAGAGGUGCUGGAAUAAAUUGCUACUGUGUAGUAUGGGCGCAAAUGCCCUGCAGAUUGUUUCAGACCAUUAGAUUCUCCUGCCCUCUUUUCUAUUCUAGUCGGUGACACCUCUGUCAAUGACACAGUUCUGAUGUCAUCUGUUAGUAAAAGUUGGAUUCUCUUGUCAGUAUCUCUCUCCCUCCCAGUCUAUUCUCUGUUCUUAUUGCUGGAAUGGACAGACCAUCCAGUCUGCUACUUGUUGCCUGUGUUCUUAGAGAUCACAUGUCUAAUUGCUGCUAAGCAGUUUAGCAUUAACCAGGGUUCAAUAAAAAAAACAAUAACAAUAAAUCCAGUGGCAUGUCUUACAUGUCUUUAAUGUUGCUAAUGUAAAUGGGGCACUAAAGCAAAUAUGCAAAACAUACUCGUAACGGUGGGGAUGGUAAGGAAAGUAUAUACGGGCCAGGCUCAUUUUUAGUUCCUCGACAAGAACAUGGUUGGACUAUUGGGUUCUCAUUAUUAUAAUUUAACUUUUGCAAUGGGUUUCAUAGAAGCAAAUGAACUUCCAUUGAGUUCACCCUUCUCCUCGGCAAGUGUAACUGUAAGAGCAUUUGUUUAUCAUCCUCACAUGCACCAUCCAUGCACAAAUGUAUGUUCGACACACACACACACCCAAGAAAAAUCUAUUACAAAGCAUCAGAAUAAAAAUAAAUCAAUCAUAAACUUGGAAAAUGUUAGCCAUUAAAUUAUGUAGACUUAAGCCUGGUUCCAGCA